GGUUGCAGUGGACUGAAGCAGCCUCUUCGCGCAGCGCCGCACUCCUAGGAACAGCGGCAGGCAGCGACGCUCAGCUUGCUGGUGAACUGUGGCUGGCACACCCAGGCGCGGCGGCGACAGCGGACAGGUUAGAGUGGGGGCAGGGGCUGACGCGGGAGCAGCCCGGGCCCAGAGAGGUAGCCUGAGCCAGGCCUUCUCCAGCCAUGUCGGACGAGGCGUCGGCCACCACUUCGUACGAGAAGUUUCUGACCCCCGAGGAACCCUUCCCGCUUCUGGGACCCCCUCGUGGGGUGGGCACCUGCCCGAGCGAGGAGCCGGGCUGCCUGGACAUCAGCGACUUCGGCUGCCAGCUGUCCUCUUGCCAUCGCACCGACCCGCUCCACCGCUUCCACACCAACAGGUGGAACUUAACUUCUUGUGGAACAAGUGUUGCCAGCUCAGAAUGCAGUGAGGAACUCUUUUCAUCAGUUUCUGUUGGAGAUCAAGAUGAUUGCUAUUCCUUGUUAGAUGAUCAAGACUUCACUUCUUUUGAUUUAUUCCCUGAGGGGAGUGUGUGCAGUGAUGUCUCCUCCUCUAUUAGCACAUACUGGGAUUGGUCAGACAGCGAGUUUGAAUGGCAGUUACCAGGCAGCGACAUUGCCAGCGGGAGUGACGUGCUUUCCGAUGUUAUACCCAGCAUCCCAAGUUCACCUUGCCUGCUUCCUAAAAAGAAAAACAAGCACCGGAAUUUAGAUGAGCUUCCCUGGAGUGCGAUGACAAACGAUGAGCAGGUGGAAUAUAUUGAGUAUCUGAGCCGUAAAGUCAGUACCGAGAUGGGUCUUCGGGAGCAACUAGAUAUUAUAAAAAUAAUUGAUCCUUCUGCUCAAAUCUCUCCUACAGACAGUGAGUUUAUUAUUGAACUUAACUGUCUCACAGAUGAAAAACUGAAGCAGGUCAGAAACUAUAUCAAGGAGCAUAGCCCUCGCCAACGGCCUGUAAGAGAGGCCUGGAAGAGAAGCAACUUUAGCUGUGCAAGCACCAGUGGAGUGAGCGGUGCCAGUGCCAGCGCCAGCAGCAGCAGCGCCAGCAUGGUCAGUUCUGCGAGCAGCAGUGGGUCCAGUGUUGGAAACUCUGCUUCAAACUCCAGUGCCAACAUGAGUCGAGCACACAGUGACAGCAACUUAUCUGCAAGCGCAGCAGAGCGGAUUCGGGAUUCAAAAAAGCGAUCUAAGCAGCGGAAGUUGCAGCAGAAGGCCUUACGCAAGAGGCAGCUGAAAGAGCAGAGGCAGGCUCGGAAGGAGCGGCUCAGUGGGCUCUUCCUUAACGAAGAAGUGCUGUCCUUGAAAGUGACUGAGGAAGACCACGAAGCAGAUGUAGAUGUUUUGAUGUAAUAAGGGUGAAGUUAUCAGCAUUCUUUCUAAGCAUUAAAGCGUUCAAUUCUUAUUUGUUUACGUGCAUCUUGACCAAACUUUUGGUUAGAGCUGUGCUGAUAUACCAUUAAUAAUUUAGACCAGUGGUUCUCAGCAGGUGGUCCUGGACUAGCAUCUUCAACAUCACUUGAGAAGUUGUUAGAAAUACAUACAGUAGGGCCCCACUCCAGAUGUAGUGAAUCAGAAACCUUGGGGGAGAGACCGAGCAUUGUGUUUUAACAAGCACCAGGUUACUCUGCUUUAUCUUUUUUUUAUCCUGAGGACAUUAAUAACCUGAGGACAUUUCAUUGCUGAGGGAGAGAGGCACUGGUACAUUGAUGCGAGAUAGAAACAUCGAUUGGUUGCCUCUGGACGCACCCCAUCCAGGGAUCAAACUCACAACCUGGGUAUGUGCCCUGACUGGGAAUCGACCCACAACCUUCCAGUCCACAGGAUGAAGCUCCAACCAACUGAGACACUCCUGCUAGGGCUGUGCACACUAGUUUUAAGAACCACUGAUUUAGUAAAUGUUUUGACUAUUUAAACUUUAAUGUGGUUAAAUAGGCUUUUUAAAAUACUAGUACUCUUACCAUUAAGAUUUCAAGGUAUUGCUGACAAGUAGUUUAUUAUGUCAGUAUAUGUACAUGUAUAGAGAUCAUAAUUCAGUUUCCUUAAUGUUAGGAUUUCUUAGUUUACUUUUUCUAAAGGGCCAUAGCAUAAUUCUCAAUUCCUAGUGGAGAUCUUUUUUUGAGGUUGUGGGGAUGGAGUAUGGAUUGCUGUUUACAAUAGUGCCUUCAUUAGGUUUAGUACUAUCUGUUUUCAUUCAUUAUUAUUAACUCAUAGUUGUAAAAACAGGCCCUAUUAUCUCUCUUCUUAGAUUUGUUUUUGCUUUUUACCGUAUGUACACUUAGAAUCCUUUCUGUAAGUAAUGACUACUGAGGAAAUAAUGUUACUAAUAGCUGAAUUUUAGACUUGAUGCUAUGUUGAUUAAUAUUCAAAUGUGAAAGCAAUUAAAACAACCCAUUCUACUUUUUCAUUGAUUUCUGAAGUUUUAGGCUGUGAAAAUGUCUUCAAGGCAAAAAAUAUCUUAAGUUCUUUUUUUUCCACACAGCUCUAAUUUUUAAAUAUUUGGUAUAGCUUCUGGCAUGUGAACAGGUUAACGUUCAAAAUUAACUAAAGAAAACCAUUACAGUUCUGCUAAACUUCUCUAUAAAUCAUUAGAAAUACAUACAGCAGUGAGAUAAUAGGGAAAAAAAACCCUUAGCUUGUUAGCUGUUAAAGUAGAACUAAUUUUAAAUGUGGAAUCAUGGAGUUUCUUUAAAUGCUCUCAAGGAGAGUUUGUUAUGAACAUUCAAAACUAGUGUGAUUUCUUUUCUUCUACCACACAUCUUUAAUCAUUCACAUGGGCUAAAAGAAGGAAACUGAUACUACUGACAAUCAAGCCGCUUUCUGACUUUCAUAAUUUUCAUUUUAUUGUAGAUAACUUUUGGAAGGUAAUCAUGAUACUAUAGGAGUUGUAGUUAAUAUUUUUAAAAUUAGAGUCAGGUUGAUGGGAAUUUCUACACUUUUUUAACUUUUUAUUCACAUCAAGUAAUUUGUAAAGAUAAAAAUUAAUGACCUAAAUUCUUAAUUUAAAAUUCUUUAUCUAAAUAUAAAGGCAUAACCUUUGUUUAUAGUCAGGUGUUUUGAAAAUUGGAUUUCAUCAUGGUUCCUUGAAGGUUAAAGAAUUGAAAUUGAGGAUAAAAAUUGCUAUAUUGCAGCUUUGUUAAGGUCUAUAAAAUUUUGAAGACCAUUAAAUUCAUACUUCAAUUUUACUAAAAUAAAAAUUUGUAUGUGUAUGUGGUUAUUAGUUGGAGUAGUCCUUCUGACUUUCCCCUUAUCCUCUCUUUGAUGCUCCUAACCAGUUUAGAGGGCCCAAAGAGAGCUUGAGGAUGGACCCCAGAAUACUCUGAGGAAGAUGGGAAGGGCCAUCCUCUUUGUGUUUUCCUUUUCAGGUAUAGGGAGAGUAGAUGGAAAGAAGAGCAAACAGAGCUAAAUUCUCUCUCUGCUCUUGUCAAAAGCAAAAUUUCUGUGAAUGAUUGUUCUCUUUACCUACUAUUCAAGGAAAACAGUCCCCUUUUGGAGAACAUAGAGCAGAAUUUCUCUGGUUAGUACUGGGAAACAGUUUACUUGACAGUGACCAGGAAAAGGAAAUCCUAAACAGGGUUGUGAUGUAAUAAGACUAAUUCUUCUCUCCCAACAAUCACAUAGUCUUAUUACCUUAGAUUGAACUUAAGUCACUAUUAAACAAGUUUACUAAAGCACCGCAAAGCCAACUUUAAAAGUAUAUGAAGUUUUGAGAGUUCAUAGUAAAGUAUGCCAUGAUACUUUGUAUAAAUCUGGAUGAACUGUUUUUACAGUUAUAUAAAUUAGAAAUAGCCCAGAAAGUUGGUUUGGAAGAGAUUGUAAUGCUUCCUCUGAUUAAAAUAUAAAAAAGUAAAACAACUUGGGAUUGCUUAUGAUUCAAGAAGGAGAUUGCAAACUCUUCAUCCCCCUUCAAAAAAACCCAGCAGAAAAAUCAAAAAGUUCGUGUCUUUGUCAGGUAAAUAAUUCAAGUUUGAAUUAUUUCUUUUUUGGAAUAAGUAAUAACUUAUUCAAUCUGGUAUGUCUCUGAGUUCAAUUUAAAAAAAACACAACUCAGUAUUGUUUUCUUUUUAAGUAUAAGCCCUAGCUAACCAAUUAAUAAAAAUGUGAAAUUUAUUUGCUCAAAUGUCAAUUCUCCGCUUUAAAAUAAGCUUUGUUAAUGCAGAGCAUGAUAAAGUCAUCUGAGAUUCAUCCACAUUUUAUUAGAGGUCUUGUGUGCAUGUCAAUUAUAUCUCAAUAAAACUGAAAAAAAGAGAGACCAUGGAGGUCUGUCAGUCCCCACCACAGUUUUUUAAAGUAUGAGCUUUGAGUUAAACAAAGUGGCAUGUCUUUUUCUACAGUUUUGCAAUGGAAUUAAAGUAAGGACAAUGUUGUUAGUAUAAUGCAUAGUGGAGUAUAAAGGGCUAGUUCAUUAUGUCCCAGUAAGGACUUAGAGCAAAAUAACCUUUUUUUCCCUUGAGACUUGUCUCAUUUUUUCUUAGGCUGUUGUGGUUUUGACCAUUUUUUCAGUCCUUUGUGUUAAUUGAAUAUUGCUGAAUUAAUCCCAGAAACUGACUUGUAACUUAAUGACUUUAUGGAAUGGGUGGGCAUCUCAUUUUUAUAGUUUUUAAAGUGCUAAAUCCCCUCAUAAAUGAAAAAUUACAAGAAACAAAAGUAUAAAAGAAUACAGAUUCUGAUGACUUUUAAAAAUUGAAAUUUAUCAAAUGUGUUCAUAUUUAUGCUAAAAAUGUUAUUACAUGACAAAUAUAGAAGUCUGGUUUCCAGCUUCUCUAGCAGAGAUUUUUGUUCGUGGCUUAUUCUGUAUAGCCUCAUGUGCCUUAAAGGUGAACUCUAUACUUUUUGUCAGUGUGACUUUUCCAAACUAAAAAAUAAUCUAAAUGUUGAUAUUUGUUUUAUAAAAUGCUCAUGGCAAUUGGAUAUCAGUAAGCAAAGCCAUUAAAUUGAAACAAUCAAUGGUAACAGAGAGUAUAAGAAAAAAAACUUUCAGAUUUUAAAUUUCAUUUGCAUAACUUUGUUUGGACCAUCUUGGCCAUUGAAGAACACUGAAAGUUAUCUAAAGUAUGCUCAGUGUAUUCUUUUAUUUUUUUCCCCCUGAAAAAUGUCAUAUGCGAGAAUACUUUUUAAAACCAGACAAACUCUUAGUAUCUGGAAGGAUAAUUUUUAAGGCAGUAGUACUUCAAGCACAGAUUAUAUAUAGUAAGUUGAUUCUCUUGUUAACUUUAGGGAUUCUUUGCAUUCAUUUGUGAACAGCUGAACAAUCCUCACACUUUUAACAAAUUACCUUUUAUCACUCCUAUCUUCAAGAAAAAUUUUUGCUUGGAAUUGGGAGGAAGUUACUUAAAGUCAAUGUAUAGUUAGAGAUGGUUGAUAGGAAAAUUCUCAGUUGCAUUCAAACAAUAGUAUUGAUGGUGAGCACACUGACAUUCAACAUCUCUAAACUUAGAGGUAAAUUUAAUUCUUAAAAGGACUAUUAGUUAGAAAAUAAGCAUUUGUAUAACAUGUACUGUGAUAACUUUGGAUUUAAGUCUGACAAAGUAAGAUAAAUUUUGUCUUUACAAUGAAAUGAUGCUAAGUGGGUAAGAAGCAUCUGAGAGAUACUUAGACCUAAGCUUCUCUGUCAGCAUAGUAUCUGGAACAUAGCUCCUUAGAAUGCUUAAUUCUUAUUUCUUUGGAAAACAGCUUAUCCCAAAACGCUUAGAAGGAGUUCAAAUUCCUCUAAUUAGCUGGCUAUUAAGAAUAAGGAACUUGCGUGGAAUAGCUGCAGAUCUGAGUUGACUAAAAUUUUAUUUUCAUAUGUUUUCUAAUAUUAAAAUUACUUUCAGCUCUCCUCACAAUUAUAUUUUAAAUAAAGGUUAUUAAUGUUUUAAUCAAGUUCAACAUUAUGGUAAAUUAAUUUUUAAUUUGAUAUUCAUAUUUAACUCAGAAAAACUUGGUCUUCUCAGAUUUCAAUAUGUAGUAUUUUUUUCUUUAUUGUUAAGUUUCUAUGUUACAUUUUUGGUCAAUGGAAUCUAUGGAAAUGUGUGCUCUUUUUUGUGGUAGAGGAUGGGAGUAGAAAAGAGGAGAAUUGCUCUAAUUAUACAUAUGCAUUUUGACUAUAUAAAGGUAGCUAUAAACUUAAUGUGUAUAAAUGACAAGUUAACAUUUACAUAUUCUUAAUUGUUCUAAGGAACAGUGGCCUGAAGCCAUGGCUUGUUUUGUGGAGCUGGUUGCUCUUUAAUGGUAGCAGACCAGUUAGAUUUAAGUGGAAACUUUUGAAUUGGGUUAUCUAACUCAUCCAGCUCAGGCUUUUGGGAAUAGAGCAGACUAUGUCUGUUCCCUGUAGUGGAUCAAUUUAAUUUUCUUUUUAAGUACUCUAAUUUAGAUAUAGGUAUUAUCCAUUUUAAAUCUUUGUGUUGGGAAUUUAAUAAGACUGUAGUCAAACGCUAUUAAAAAUAAACACAAGUAUAUGUAAAAAUUUUCUCAGAUGGUUUAAAAAUUUCCAUUUUUUAGUUUAAAGGUUAGUUCUAUAGCAUCAAUAUCAUAACCAAAGCAAGUAGGAAUUCGACUCAUUUGGAGAAUCUUCAAGUAGUCUUAAAUGCUGUAAUAUAUCAGAUUGUUAACUAGGAUUUUUUCCCCUGUAUUUGUGCUAAAUGUAUUAUUAUAUUAAUGCACUUUCAUAUAUAUAGCUGUCUUCUCUACAUUCUGUACUUACUAUAGUGCACACAAAAGCUGUUUUUCCUAAAGCUGUGAGGGAAAAACAAUAGCUGUAAUACAAGUCGUUUCUAUUUUGAGUUCCUUCUUGUACUUGAAAGUAGUAGCUCAGUAGUUAAAUCUAAAUGAUUAUGUAUGGUUGUAAUUAAAACUGGCAAUGUGGCAGAACUGUCUUUUGAAACAAUAUCAGAAUGAAAAGAGUUGUUUUGGAUAUUAAGGACUCUUGUAAUGUGUUGUUUCUUUCUUUCUUUCUUUUUUUAAAUGUACAAUGAAGUUUCUACAAAGCCCAUUGCUGCUGAAUCCACUCUUCUUCAUGUUCCAUCCCAGAACAUUUAUCAAGGAAGAAUUGCUCUCUUUCCUUUUGCUCACAGUUUGGUUAAGGCUCCGAAAGCCCCAAUUUUCCAAAUUUCAUUGGCAAGUCAUUUUUUUCUGGAGAGAUCAAAUUUCUAGAGAGAUUAG